AUGAUUAACAUCGAACAUCCGAAAGUUAGUGGAAAGCCACCGAUAAAUAAAUUAUUCGGGGUUAAGAAGACAUCCAGGAAGGGCAGGAGCACAUCGAGGGAUGCGUCCAAGGUGGUCAAGGAAAAUAAUCGAAAAAAUGAGAGAGAUAAAUGCCUGGAUUGCUCUCAGGAUGAUUUGAAGUCCCAGUUCAUUGACUCGGGGGACACCAAACGGGGAAUCGAUUGUUCCUCUGAUUGUAAUCAAAAUGUGAUCGAAACGGAUGCCUGUUCUUUCGAACAGCUCUGCAGUAUGAUCGAUGAUUUGGAGAUGAAUUUAGGACAGGAAUGUGAAGUCUUACCUGUCCAGACAGCGUUCAUCCCCGUUGAAGAGGCCUCGGUUUCUGCUCGUGUUAAUGUUCCAGAUCAGGUUUUACCAGAAAGAGAUGACUCGCAAACGAGACCAUUCUCUCGUUCAACGUACGACGACAUCAUGACAUUUUUGGGAACCUUGGAAACCGAUUGCAUUAUUCCUGAUCAUUCUCUAAACGAUGGAGACAUUCAGGAGUUAUUUAAUGAGAGCCAAAUCAUCUGCGAGCGAACAAUUUUGAGGAACAGAGAUGAUUCUAAAAUGCCUUCGGAAGUGGUGAGAGAGGAAUUAGCGACAAUACGUUUAAAACUUGAAGAUCGAGAGGCGACGAUAAAGGUUUUGAAAGAGGAGCUGAGGAACGAGAGGAAAAUUGCAUGUGAUAAACUGAAUGAUGACAGCAAAAGCCAUCGGGAAGAGAUGCAGACGCAGAAAAAUAAAUAUCAGAAUGUCAUAAAGCGACACCAAAAGUUCAUCGAACAGUUGAUCCGAGAGAAGAGAGAGCUGACGGAGAAGUGCAACGUUUUGGCGCAUAAAAUCAAAGAUAUGGAGACGAAAUUCCAGAAGGAUUUGAAGAUCGUCGGGGAGAGACACGGCGUGGAGGUGCAGAGGGCCAGGGAAAUGUGCAUGGCCUCGGAGAAAAUUCGUAGGGAACGGUGGCUGGAAUCCAAGACAUCCAAAAUCAAAGAGAUGACUGUCAAAGGUCUGGAGCCAGAGUUGCGUUCAAUGGUGGACCAGCACCAGCAGGAAAUCCAGGACAUCAGAAGUGCUCACAUGAAGGAACUCCAGGACGUGGAGCUGAGAACUAUUCGCAGAUCAAAUCAACAACUGGAGCAACUGCGAUUAGAAUUAACAGAGAGUCACGACAAGCUCGCUGCUCAGGAGAGGGAGGCCCUCAGGGCGAGGUUCCAGGAGAAGUUUGACGAGCAGGAGAGGCUCAUGCAGAUCCAGCAGAGAAAGUACUUCGAGCAACUCCAGAAAGAGAAAGAGGAAUUUUCUGAGGAACUUGCGAGAAAAACUAAAGAUCACGAAGCUGCUGUCCGCUGCAUCUCUGAUGAAUCUCAGGAGAAAAUUGCCAAAUUGAUGAAGCAGAAUGAGAUUGAAAAACAGAAUUUAAAGGAGACAGUCAGCGCUGAGCGAGACACGUUGAUGGAGAAUUUCAAGAGGCAACAGCUGGUGAAAUUUGAGAUGUCAGAGGCUAGGAUUCGUGAUGAGUGCGAUCGAGAGAGGGACAGACAGAUUGAACUCGUUAUCGAGAGAUUGGAGAGGGAAACGAGAGAAAUGAAGACUAAUAUGCAAAAAUGUGCUGAUAAUAAAUUAAGAUGUAUGAAGGAAAAAUACGAAGCUGAUUUAGAGAUUUGGCAGGAAAACGAGAAACUGACGAGAGAAAAAUUGAUGAAAACCGAGGAGAAACUUGAAAAUCUUCAAAUUGACAUCGAAAAAAUAGAAACUAAACUGGGAAAAUCCUUGGCUGAUUUGAAUGAAUCCAAUCGCAUGGUGGAAAAAUUGACUAGAGAGAAGGAUCACGCAAGGAAUUUAGCUAGACAGGAGAUUGAGUACGAGAAACGAGAGCUGGAGGAGAGAAUAUCCUCUUUAUACCGAGAAAUAUCAGAGAUAAACAGCAACCAAGAGUCCCACAUGGCUCAGGUGUACAGCAGGGUCAAGUUAAUAAUGACGCAGAAGGACUUGGUGAUCACCAAAAUAUGCAAAGAAGCUGAUGAAUCCAAAAACAGGUGCAAUCACCUGGAGAAAUUGUUGGAUCAACAGAGAAAGGACUACGUUCUCAAGUCCUUGUGAACUCGAAUAAAUAAUUCAAGGAUUUGAAAGAUUAAUAAUAGUCGUAGUGCUGACUUUUUUACACUCGAUGAACGCGUUCAAUUAUCCACUUUAUUCUCAUAAGUAUAUUACAAUGAAAUUUGCGAACUACUCGAAACCUCAGUUCGUCGAUAAGUCCGAAUGCAGUUCUUUUUUUUAUGAAGUUCGUAUAAAAGAAUCCACUGUACCUUUUAUUCAUCGAAUAUCAUAAUUCAACCUCUCUGUCUUGGUUAUUAAAAUCCAAAAGAUAAA